AUGGCCGACUCUGAAUCUACUUUAACUAGUGGAGCUACUUUGGCUGCAACCACUACUUUGAAUGUGAGAUCAGGUGCCUGUACCGAUAGAGGUAUUGUUAAAGUUUUGAGUCCAAACGAACAAGUUCGAUUCAAUGGUGAUGUUCGAAGUGGAUGUGGAUAUACUUGGUACGGAGUUUCUGGAAGUUGGGGAAGUGGAUUUGCUGCUUCUUCUUAUUUGACUCAAGUUGGUGGAGGUGGUGGUAGUACUAGUGGAUGUAGACAAUCUUACAAUUAUCCAUUGUAUAAGCAAUGUGAUGGUAGAUGGGGAAAUGAUCGAUUGGGAUCUGACUCCACCAUUUGUAAGGUUGGUUGUCUCAUGACCUCUGUCACCAGUGCUUUGAACGGACGUGGUAAGAGCAGCAUGAACCCAGCUCAAAUGAAUUCAUGGCUUAGAUCCAACGGUGGAUAUUAUGGUAACCUCUUUGUCUGGGGAUCUGUCUCUAGAUUUGGUUUCUCCUAUCUCGGACAAACUCAAGAUAAGGCCACCAUUAGAAACUGGCUCUGUUCUGGUAAGGUCGUUAUUUUGAACGUUAGAAAUGGUGGACACUGGGUUUUGGCCAAGUCCUACAACAAUGGUGUCUAUGAAGUCAAUGAUUCUGGCUACAGCGUGAGUUCUUACACUGAAGGACAAGUGGUCAGAGCUGCUGGUUUCAAUGCUUAA